CUCAGGAUCUGACGUGAUCAGCUUGUUGGGAGCCCAAGUUGGACCUUUGUUUUAUAGCUGAAAAUAUCAAGCGAUGUCUCCAUUUUGAACAGGGAAAACCCAUUGAAUAAUGAAGUUCUGCUGCUGACAUUGGUGAGCAGGUAGCAAAAAGUCGUUUUUGCCGUCGAAUAUGGGACGAACGGAUGGAUGCUGGUGCCGUUUUUCGUUUGUUUAUUCCGAGGAGGGGGGGUCAAAGGUUUCAGUCAAGGGAAAAGGAAGGCGUUUGUACUGCGUGAAUGUUCUCUCUUUCAUUACAAUAUUCAGAGAAAGAAGGAAGAAGAAGAGUUUCGAAAAAUGCCAUCUUGUUCUUGCUCUUUUCGCGGGAAGGAAUCUGCAUGACUCGCACAGUUGACCACCAUCUCCAGCCGGCCUUGUCCUACUCUCUCUCUAAGUGUAUGAGUGUGUUUGCUGCUGGUUCUGCUGGUGGUGGUGGUGGUGGUGGUGGUUGCUGCUUUCUGCUCAGUCAUGGGAGUGUCGAUUCUGUCUAUGGUUGUCCUUUGUGUGAUCCAGGUUGCUUCUGCACAAAAACUGACAGAUGCUAAUGAAGCGGCUGCACUGAAGAAGAUCAUAGAGUACUGGAAGCUGGGGAGUUCCUUGGAUUUGACAGUCGAUCCUUGCGCUCAAAAUGCUUCGUGGGCAUCGGAUGCCUCUAAUCCCCGAAUAGCCUGCGAUUGCUCCAGCAAUGUUUGCCACAUUGCCCACUUGAAAAUCUAUGCUCUAGACAUUUCGGGUCAGAUACCAAACGAGUUGUUUGAGCUGAAGGAGCUUGUUGACUUAAACUUGGCCCAGAAUGUUCUAACUGGACCCAUACCAGCUCAAUUUGAACAGCUAUCAAAGAUGCAGUACCUUAGCCUAGGCACAAACAAUUUGACCGGUCAAGUGCCUCUGGAACUUGGUAACAUGACCAAGUUGCUUUCCCUAAGCUUCAGCUCGAACAAUCUUGAUGGACCAUUACCUGCGGAGCUUGGAAAACUGACCUCCUUAGAGCAGCUGUACAUUGAUAGCAGCGGAGUGAGUGGACCGAUUCCGCAAGAUCUGGCAAAUUUGAAGUCCCUUAAGAAACUUUGGGCAUCUGAUAAUCUCUUCACCGGAAAGUUUCCUGAAUUUCUCGGGACAUUGACGGAGCUUGUGGAUCUGCGAUUUGAAGGCACGUCCCUAGAAGGUCCCAUUCCGGACAGUUUUGGCGCUCUGACCAAAUUGGACACUCUCAGAAUUGGCGAUCUUGGCGGGGAGGACUCUUCUCUUGAUUUCUUGAGAAAUCAGACAAGCUUAUCUGUGCUAUCUUUGAGAAGUUGCCAACUAUCAGGACAAAUUCCAGACAUUAUCGGCACAUUUUCUAAGUUGAUAUACCUGGACUUGAGCUUCAACAAGUUGGAAGGCCCAAUUCCAGAUUCAUUCCAGGGCUUCACUCAACUGCAAUACUUAUUCCUUGGAAGCAACAACUUGACUGGGGCGCCUCCUGCGAAUAUCGUCAGUCAAAGCCUUGCCGCCUUAGACGUGUCGUUCAAUCCGCUUUCAGGAAAUCUACCGGCAAAUGUGGAUAAGAGUGAAUUUUCUAUGAACUUUGUCGGAACGUCCAUAAACGCAGAUAAUCUGGAGGACAGGAAGGCACUGGAAAUGCUUCGCUGCCUUGAAGCCGGUACCAAGUGCGUAAACAAAGUCAAAUCCACUUCCUUUUCUAUCAACUGCGGAGGCACGGAGCAAACAUCAGCAACCGGCGUGAGAUACAACGAUGACUCCGAACCACUCGAAGCUGCUUCGGUUUACACAAACUCCAAUCGUCAAUGGGGCGUCAGCGAUGGCGGGUACUUUAUCUCCAAUCCCAAUGGACCUCAGUACAUAGCGAAGACGGACUCUCAAAUAACUGGGACUCUGGAAUCAGAGCUGUACAAGACGGCCAGAGUUUCGCCGAGUUCGCUGCGGUACUUUGGCCUCGGCCUGAAGAACGGAAAGUACAGCGUUGAGCUUCACUUUGCGGAAAUUAAGAUGGAGGAUGACUUGCAGUCCUGGAAAGGCCUCAGUAGGCGCAUAUUCGACGUCUACAUUCAGGGUGAGCGUGUCCUCCAAGACCUCAACAUCCGAAACGAAGCAGGCGGAUCCAACAGGGCCCUGGUCAAGACGUUUGAUGCAAAUGUCACGAACACCGUCCUGGACAUUCACUUCCGAUGGGCAGGGAAGGGCACUUGCUGCAUACCGUCUCAGAGCACGUACGGACCGCUCGUCUCCGCAAUCCACGCCUCUCAAGUCGCGGGUGCUGCCGUUACGUCCUCCCAUCAAGACAAGAAGCGGGUCGGGAGGAUUGUGGGGAUAGCUUUCGGAUGCACGGCCACUCUGGUCAUAGUCUCGUCCGUGUUCUACCUAUGGUGGAUGAAGGAUGCGUCGACCGGGCACAUGCGAGUCCACACGGGAUCGCGGAAGAGGAGCAAAUGAUCUCGGCGACUUGGUUUUAGGUUCAUUUGCCAUAGAGAACGAAGCCUUCCCAAGUGUAAAAAUCCAUGGUUGAACAAAUAACUAGUGAACUCUCAAAGCAAAAGUUCCUGGAGGCCUCAAGAGUUAAUGCUCUAUCUGCAAUGCAAUGUACUAGUCAGUUUGAUUAUCACUUUGCUUUUUACAGGGACCCUCAAGACAAUUUACAUGUGUAGAAUCCAUGGUUGCAAUCUCUCGAGCGGAUGGUUCGUAUUGGGAUUGAUAGUUGCUGGAUUUUCUUUCGGUUAGCUAAAAUUAAGCUUUUCUAGCUUUGAGCACGUUAAAAAACCUCGAUUAACUUGAAAUACGAUUGCA